AUGCUCCAAAAUCAUCGGUAUCAGAAGCAGGUGACCGAGAUGAUCAACGGCAUCUCGCGCAUCAAAUGGUGGAAAUACCGCUAUGUCCUGUUCGUCGCACUGGUGGUCAAUGUCUUUGUCAUAAAUCGAUUCUUCUUCGACCAGUCGAUAUCCGACCUCAAUCCUUUCGGCUCCCCAACAACGGACGAGAACCUCGAAUCCACGACACCUUCAACCCCCGAGAAAACGUCGAAUGGCGCCAAAACUCCAGUAGUUGCUGCGGAGAAAACAAAAGAGACAAUGACCUUGAAUCUCCACGAUUACGAUUUCAACGGCAAAUACGUGGGGUGGCCUCUUGAACGCGUAUGCAAGGAAACAAAAUGGACACCUGGCCUGGUAUACGUGUGCGACAACAACUCGGGAGGAAUUGGCAACAUUAGGAAUUUCAUCUUGACCUGUGUUCGAUAUGCGAUCGAAUCGGGAUCGAGUGGCUUGAUUAUUCCCCGUAUCCAGCGACGCUCCGAAGAGGAUCAUGCCAACCUCUUUACCACGGGAAUGCAACCCUUGAGCUACUUUUUCGACGAAGCACAUUUCCGCGGCGCCAUGGCCGACAAUUGCCCGCAAAUGACCAUUUUCGAUACAAUAAAUGACGUUCCUAACCACCAGAAUAUUACGAAGAUGGAAGAGUUCUACCCAAAGGAUUUGAAUAACCCAGAUGGUUGCGAUGAGCGCGGUUACAACAGACAUUUGGACCACUUCCGCGUAAGAUUCGACAAAUGGUUGGUGUCCACAAGGCGCACUCCGUCCGAGGCAAAGCCCGUAUCUGUCCGAUUCAGGUGGGCGACUUUCUUCGAAUGGCCAAUCUAUCGCGACGGGCCAGAGUUCGCAGCCACGUUUGGUGAUCUGCUAAGGAUAAACCCCGAUAUUGAGAACAUUGCCCGUGCAGUCCUAAGGGAAUUCUCCAAAUUUGCAGGAGUCGAACCAAAAGACAGCAAACUUGACGUUCCAUACCUCGGCGUCCAUUUGAGAACAGAAAGCGACGCACUUGGAUUUUGGCCAGACUUCAGUGUACAAAGUGAAGGCUACCUGAAGGAAGCCGAAUCGCGAAAACUGAAACAUGCGUAUCUUGCUUGUGGCAAUGCAACCGAUGGUCACCGAUUCGGAGAAAUAGCGCAUGAGAGACUGGGGAUAAAUACUACUUCGAAGUUGGACUUGUUGAAGGAUCAGGAGCUCCAGGCUUUGACCGACCUCACUUGGGAUCAGCAAGCUCUUGUGGACUACCUAGUUCUGUCGAAAAGCACGCAUUUUACGGGAUGUUCCUUCUCCUCUUUCACGAUGAACAUUGCUUUCAAGAGACAUACCAUGACGGACGGACUCCACACUCGACAGUGGAAGAGCCCAGGAGAUGAGUUUACAACACUGGUUGGGCGAUUCGAUAACUGGUUUGGAGACUGGAUGUUCAUGUACGAAUGCAUGUGGCCUUGA